AUGUACGUCGUUAUCAAACUACAAAUAAACUCUAAUAAACUAAAGAAAUUGAAUUUAAAUGUCUUGUAUAUUUUAGUUGAUGCUGUUCAUUUUAUCAGUGAAAAAUUAAAUGAUAAACAAUUAAUUGAAUUUCCUGAAUUUCGUCGAUCUUAUAUUUUUUUUAAACUACCAAAAUGGGUACAAAGUGCAAGACGAGCCCUUUAUGAAUUACAACUUGAUGUUGAUUACAUAAUUAAUAAAGAAAAUGAAAUUGUUGUUGUUGAUUAUUUAAAUACAGGUGUAUCGCAAAUAAAUAUGCAUUGGAGUGAUGGU